AUGUCAGAAAAUAAUACAGAUACAGUUAUGGGUGAUUCAAAUCCAUCAACUAAAAUUACAGAAACACCAAUGAAUGAGACACCAUCAUCUACCACCACCACCACCGCAACUACUACAACUACAGCCACAACACCACCACAACAAACUCAACAACCACCACAACCACAACUUUCAACCACAGUAACAGAAACCACACCAACCACUAGAAUAGAAGAAAUUAAAUCAGUUAAAUCACAAAGAGUUGCAACACAUAGUCAUAUUAAAGGUUUAGGUUUAUUAGAAAAUGGUACAGCUUCAAAUAUUGCAGAUGGUUUAGUAGGCCAAUGUAAAGCAAGAGAAGCAGCAGGUAUUGUUACAGAAUUAAUUAAAUCAAAAAAAAUGGCAGGUAAAGCAUUAUUAUUAGCAGGACCACCAGGUACAGGUAAAACAGCAUUAGCAUUAGCAAUUUCACAAGAGUUAGGUACAAAAGUACCAUUUUGUCCAAUGGUAGGAUCAGAGGUAUAUUCAUCAGAAGUUAAAAAGACAGAGAUAUUGAUGGAGAAUUUUAGACGUUCAAUUGGAUUGAGAGUUAAAGAGAUUAAAGAGGUUUAUGAGGGUGAAGUUACAGAGAUAACACCAGAGGAAACAGAUAAUCCAUUGGGUGGUUAUGGAAAGACUAUAGCACAUGUUGUAAUUGGAUUAAAGACAACCAAAGGUACAAAACAGUUGAAAUUGGAUCCAACCAUCUACGAAUCCAUUCAAAAGGAGAAGAUCACAGUAGGAGAUGUAAUCUACAUCGAGGCCAACAGUGGAUCAGUAAAGAGAGUCGGUCGUUCAGAUUUCUAUGCGACCGAGCAUGAUUUAGAGGCAGAGGAAUACGUGCCAUUACCAAAGGGUGAGGUAUUCAAAAAGAAAGAUAUCAUUCAAGAUGUAACCCUCCACGAUUUAGAUUUAGCAAAUGCAAAGCCACAAGGUGGUCAGGAUAUCAUGUCGAUGAUGGGUCAAAUGAUGAAACCCAAGAAAACAGAGAUCACAGAGAAACUUCGUUUGGAAAUUAAUAAAAUUGUAAAUCGUUACAUUGAGCAAGGUGUAGCAGAGUUGGUACCAGGUGUUUUGUUCAUUGAUGAGGUUCACAUGUUGGAUAUAGAAUGUUUUUCAUACUUAAAUCGUGCAUUGGAGUCAACAUUGGCACCAAUUGUAGUUUUUGCAACCAAUCGUGGCAAUUGUGUAAUCAAAGGCACCGAUAACGAUAUUCAAUCUCCACAUGGCAUCCCUGUGGAUCUUUUAGAUCGUCUUAUGAUCAUUCGUACCCUUCCAUAUAAUUACAAUGAAAUCGUUCAAAUUCUCACCAUUCGUGCCUCAAUUGAAAAUCAUAAAAUCGAUGACGAAGCAUUGAUGUAUUUAGCUGAAAUUGGUAAUACAGCUUCACUUCGUUAUGCAAUUCAAUUAUUAACACCAGCUUCAAUCCUUUCAAAAACUUAUUCAAGACCAUCAAUUACAAAAGAAGAUAUUGAAGAAGUUACAUCAUUAUUUAAUGAUGCUAAAACUUCUGCAAAAUUAUUAGAACAAAAUAAAUCAAAAUAUUUAUAUUAA